UCGCAAUUUGUCAACUGGAGCCGCGAUUGCCCGUCCGCUUCUGUCACUCGUCGGAGCCGCGUUUUGCCGUCCGCUUCUGUACUCGUCGGAGUCGCUUUCUUCAGUCCUCGGCUGGUUUUCUGGCAGUGUAGCAGCUAUAAGUAUUGUUGGUCACAUUCUGGGUCUAGGGGAAGUCAAGCAAUGGCAAAAGGCUUGAUUUGGGUCACUGCAGAGGACAUGGCCAGAAACAGAAGCAAGGUCCUGACUUUAUACCGCCAGAUACUAAGGACCCUUAAUUCGCCCAACCUUCCUCUCAACCUGGCGGCAAGGCUGGCCAAGAAAGCCGAGGCUCGGGCCAUUUUCAUGUUAGCUUCUGAGGAGAGGUCAGUUCACAACAUACAAGACCUUAUUGACACUGGGGAAUAUGCUCUCUCGGUUUUGAGGAAAGGCGAAAUCCCCAAGUAUGCGCUUAUUUGAACAAAUCUCAUGGAUUUGAUUAUAUAGACCUUGAUUUUGAUAUCAUGCUUGGAGUGGUUGUUUAUGACGGAUUGCAUGUUAUGUGUGGCGCAAGAAUGAUUUUAGGAGAAAAUCAAUAACCUUAGGGGGUGAUUGUUUAUGGAUUCAACUAGUUUUUAUUUGGUUUGUUUUUUAACUAUAGUUAAUUUUGA